GGCUGCGCAUGUUCCUACCGGGCUUUACGUUAUUUUCAAACCGUGUUUUACCGCUAAAAUGACAAAUUACGGAUUGUUUUCGACGUAACAACAGUUCAAAAACAAAAUGAAGUGUCAGUUCUUACAUUUAGUUCCGUGAGUGUUGAUUAUUUUGUGGUCAAACGACAGCAGAAGUAAAACAAAUGUGUGUGAUCCAUGUGUGAAUGUUGUGCUACAAAAUGUGGUCGAGAAACUUUAUACCGGAUUAUGGGAUUAAAUUGCUAUCCUUUGCUGUUCUGGUGUCGACAUUAGCAGCCUGGAUCCAAGGUGUUGAAGGUUUCGUGUCAUGUUCGCCGUCGCCGUGCAAAAAUAGUGGAACCUGCUUGUCCACAACUAGAGGCGAAUACUUCUGCAAUUGCACGUCCCGAUAUGCCGGCGAAUUCUGUCAGCACCUCAACCCCUGCCACAGUGAAUCAAGUCCGCGGUGUCAGAACGGUGGAUCGUGUAGGGUGCGCCCUGGUGCUGGCGGUGGACCUCCGUCCUUCGCCUGUGACUGCCCCUUGGGGUUCAGUGCAUCUCUGUGCGAGAUAAGAGUACCUGCGGCUUGUGACUCCGCGCCAUGCCUCAACGGAGCCACUUGCCGGCUGACGUCACUUGACACGUAUGAGUGCGACUGCCCUCCCGGUUACACAGGCACUGAAUGCUCCCACGAGGACCACUGCGCGUCACAACCAUGCCGCAAUGGGGGACGGUGUGUUGCGGACAAUACAACGACUGCUGGCUACUCUUGCGCCUGCCCACCCGGCUUUACCGGCCCGCGAUGUACUGAAGAUGUGGUAGAAUGCUCGAGUGGCUCCGGGCCGUGCCACCACGGGAGAUGCUUCAACACCCAUGGGUCGUACACGUGCGUCUGUGACCCUGGGUACACGGGCAGGGAUUGUGACGCGGAGUAUGUUCCUUGCGAGCCGUCUCCUUGUCUACAUGAUGGAAGGUGUACACCGUUGGAUCAGCUCAGAUAUGAAUGUGAUUGCCCUACCGGAUAUCGAGGUCAGAAUUGCGAGAUUGACAUCGACGACUGUCCCGGAAACCUGUGUCAGAAUGGCGCCACGUGUGUGGAUGCACUAAACGCGUACACGUGUGCGUGUCCACCCACAUUUACGGGUACACGAUGUGAGAGCGACGUCGACGAGUGCGCCCUGAGACCCCUGGUGUGCCAGAACGGAGCGACCUGUACCAACUCGGUCGGUGGCUUCUCUUGCAUCUGCGUCAAUGGAUGGACUGGUCCAGAGUGUUCAUUGAACAUCGACGACUGCGCCGGCGCUGCUUGCUUCAACGGUGCUACCUGUAUUGAUAGGGUUGGAUCAUUCUACUGCAAAUGUACACCAGGCAAAACCGGUUUAUUAUGCCAUCUGGACGACGCGUGCACCUCGAACCCUUGUCAUGCCGAUGCUAUUUGCGAUACAAGUCCCAUCAACGGUUCAUAUACUUGCUCAUGCGCAUCAGGUUACAAAGGUCUCGACUGCUCUGAGGAUAUCAACGAGUGCGAACAAGGUUCUCCAUGCGAACAUGAUGGUAUUUGUGUCAAUACACCCGGAUCUUUCGCUUGUAACUGUUCUGUCGGCUUCACUGGACCACGCUGUGAGACCAACGUCAACGAAUGCGAGAGUCAUCCCUGCAGGAAUGACGGGUCCUGUCUUGACGACCCUGGCACCUUCCGAUGCGUCUGCAUGCCUGGCUUCACGGGAAUACAAUGCGAAGUGGAGAUAGACGAGUGCGCCAACGAUCCUUGCCUCAAUGGAGGUGUGUGCCAUGAUAUGAUCAACGCGUUUAGAUGUACCUGUGUUAUUGGAUUUACCGGCGCUCGAUGUCAAGUGAACAUUGACGAUUGUGCUUCAAGCCCUUGCCGCAAUGGAGGGACCUGCCAUGAUUCUAUCGCUGGCUACACCUGUGAAUGUCCUCCUGGGUAUACAGGAAUGUCGUGCGAGACUAACAUUAACGACUGUCUUUCGGCGCCAUGUCAUCGAGGGGAGUGCAUUGACGGCGAUAACAGCUUCACCUGCAACUGUCACCCUGGCUAUACGGGCCGGGUCUGUCAAACGCAGAUUAAUGAGUGCGAGUCCAAUCCUUGCCAAUUUGGAGGACAUUGCGAAGAUUUAAUAGACGGCUAUCAAUGUCGCUGUAAACCAGGAACCUCGGGCCGAAACUGCGAGAUCAAUGUUAACGAGUGCUAUUCAAACCCAUGUAGAAACGGCGCUACUUGCAUCGACGGCAUUAAUAGGUACACAUGCGAGUGUAUACCCGGCUUCACUGGCCAGCACUGUGAGACUAACAUCAAUGAAUGUCUGCCGAACCCUUGCGCCAAUGGCGGAAAGUGCAUCGACAGGAUCAAUGGAUUCCAAUGCGAAUGUCCGAGAGGAUACUAUGACGCUCGAUGCUUAUCUGAUGUUAAUGAAUGUGCUUCAAAUCCAUGCACAAAUGGCGGGAGCUGUGAAGAUGGAGUGAAUCAGUUUAUAUGCCAUUGCUUACCUGGAUACGGAGGUCAACGUUGUGAACGCGACAUCGACGAGUGCAGUUCAAAUCCAUGCCAACAUGGUGGUACAUGUCAUGACAGGCUCAAUGCUUACAAGUGCGAUUGCAUAUUAGGAUUUACUGGCGUAAAUUGCGAGACGAACAUCGACGACUGUGCAGGCAACCCUUGCCUGCACGGUGGCUCCUGCAUUGAUCUCGUCAAUGGUUACCGUUGCGUGUGCGCACCGCCACACUCCGGUCGGAACUGCGAGAAUACUCUAGACCCCUGUACUCCCAACCAAUGUCGUCAUGGAGGCCGGUGCGUGGCUGAGGCGUCAUACGCAGAAUUCACGUGCCAGUGCCCAGUGGGAUGGACGGGUGCACUGUGCGAGCGUGACGUGGACGAGUGCCUGGUCUCGGCACCGUGUCACAACGAGGCCACUUGUAUCAAUACAGAAGGCUCUUAUGCCUGCCUCUGCGCACGCGGAUAUGAAGGCAAGGACUGCGCUAUCAACACGGAUGACUGCGCUUCGUUCCCGUGCCAAAACGGCGCUACCUGCCUGGACAGCAUCGGUGAUUACAACUGUAUGUGCGCGAGUGGGUUCGCCGGCAAGCACUGCGAGGUCGACAUCGACGAGUGCCAGUCCAGACCCUGCAUGAAUGGCGCCACUUGUAAUCAGUACGUGGCCUCAUAUACGUGCACAUGCCCGCUUGGUUUCUCCGGAAUCAACUGUCAAACUAAUGACGAAGACUGCACCGACUCCAGCUGCAUGAACGGCGGCACCUGCAUCGAUGGUAUCAACUCGUACAACUGCUCCUGUCCUCUUGGCUACACUGGCUCCAACUGUCAGUUCCGUAUUAACAUGUGCGACAGUUCACCGUGCGCUAACGGUGCCACCUGUCACGAUCACGUGACAUAUUACACUUGUCACUGUCCCUACGGGUACACCGGCAAACACUGCGAUGCAUUUGUUCAAUGGUGCGAGAAUGACCCAUGUGAGAACGGUGCGACAUGCUCCCAAAAGGGACCACAAUACACUUGCACCUGUGCUCCCGGUUGGUCCGGAAAGCUUUGUGACGUUGAAAUGGUGUCCUGCAAUGACGCAGCCCUUAGGAAAGGUGUCAAACCAAAACAACUAUGCAACAAUGGUACCUGCGAAAAUAUUGGUAACUCACAUCGUUGCCAUUGCCUUGAUGGGUACACUGGUUCGUACUGCCAGAAGGAGAUCAACGAGUGCGACUCUGCACCCUGCCAGCACGGCGCCGUCUGUAAAGAUCUGGUCGGAACCUACCAAUGUACCUGCGCUAAAGGUUUCCAAGGACAAAACUGCGAACUUAACGUCAACGACUGCUUGCCGAACCCCUGUCAGAAUGGAGGCACCUGCCAUGAUCUCAUCAACAGUUUCUCGUGCUCUUGUCCGUUCGGAACUUUAGGAAAAAUCUGCGAGAUAAAUGUCAACGAUUGCAAGCAAGACGCGUGUCAUAACAACGGCACUUGUAUCGAUAGGGUGGGAGGCUUUGAAUGCAAGUGCCCUCCAGGUUUUGUCGGACCAAGAUGUGAGGGUGAUAUUAACGAAUGUCUAUCAAACCCUUGUUCAAUGCCAGGCACUCAAGACUGUGUACAACUAGUCAACGAUUAUCAUUGCAACUGUAAAACUGGGUAUAUGGGGAGACAUUGUGAUGCUAAGGUGAACUUUUGCGCAAAUUCACCUUGCCAAAAUGGUGGUAUUUGCUCUGCAAUACAAGGGGGACACGAAUGUCUGUGCAGUGAAGGAUUCUAUGGCAAAAAUUGUGAGCACUCAGGCUACGCUUGUGAUUCUAAUCCAUGCCAGAAUGGUGGCUAUUGUAGAACAUCGGAAAUUGGAGACUAUGUCUGUGAUUGUAUGUCUGGACUAUCUGGGGUCAAUUGCGAGAUAGAUUCUAUGAACGAGUGCCUAAGCAAUCCAUGUAAACAUCCGGAAGCCCGUUGUAUUGAUAAACCUGGAGACUAUCUUUGUUACUGUCCCACGCAAUGGACCGGCAAGAACUGUGAUAUUCAUGACUCUCAUGCCAGAGGAGGCUACGGAAGCCCAAUACCAGGAAUGAAGAAUCCAAACAUGAACCUCUCGCCGGAACGAGUAUUAGAACUAGACUUGGCUUUCCAAAGAGAAAAUUGUGUGAAAUUAGGUUGUAAGGAGAAACGAGGGGAUCACCGAUGCGAUGAAGAAUGCAAUACAUACGCUUGUGAGUUUGAUGGCAAUGACUGCUCAUUGGGCAUUACGAAUCCAUGGGCGAAUUGCACAGCUCCUAUAAAAUGUUGGGAAGUGUUCAUGAAUGGCGAAUGUAACGAAGUCUGUAACACACAAGCUUGUUUAUUCGAUGGCCGAGAUUGUGAGAAAUCCUUACAAAAAUGUAACCCCAUAUAUGACGCGUACUGUCAGAAACACUACGCUAACGGACAUUGUGAUUAUGGAUGCAACAACGCCGAGUGUAAUUGGGAUGGUUUGGAUUGUGAAAACGAACCGCCAGAGUUGGCUGAAGGAGUCAUGUCUGUCAUAUUACUAAUGGAUAUGCAAACAUUCAGAGAAAAUUCUGUCGCGUUCCUACGAGAUUUAGGCCACCAGUUGCGAACAACAGUUUUGAUAAAGAAAGACCACUCUGGCAAUGAUAUGGUGUAUCCAUGGCAAGGAACAAGAGACCUUGGUAUUCAAGACACGGAAAUCGGGAAGAAACACCAUAUCAUUUUCACCGAGAGGGCGCAACAAGGCGUACACGUGUAUUUGGAAAUCGAUAACAGAAAAUGUACCACCAUGUCCGGUUCUGAGUGUUUCUUCUCAGCGCGUGAAGCUGCCGAGUUCUUAGCUGCUACCGCAUCAAAGCACUCGCUUUCGCCGGAUUUCCCGAUUUUUCAAGUCAAGGGAGUGACCACCCCGACCGAUGAGGUACCGACAAAUUCCAAAUAUGUUUUUAUCGGCGUCAUAUUAGUUCUGCUUGCGGGUUUGCUCAUCGGAGUCCUAGUGACCGCACAAAGAAAACGCGCUGCCGGCGUUACUUGGUUCCCAGAAGGAUUUAUUCGGACAAACUCUUCUACAAGACGUCGCUCCCGUCGUCGAGGGCCUGAUGGACAAGAAAUGAGAACUUUGAACAAAGGGUCAAUGGGUUGUAUUGAUUUGGAUAUCAAUGGAGGUCAUAUGGGACCACCGCAUUGGUCGGAUGAAGACGAUGAUGGAUCGGCUCCACCACGAGCGAAGAGAGCGCGAGGUCCUGGUGACGCUAAUGGUGCUCCGGGUGGUUACGCAUCAGACCAUACAGUCAUUACGGAUUAUGAAGAAGCAGGACACGACCCAAGAGUUUGGACGCAGCAGCACUUGGAGGCGGCAGAUAUUAGAGUACCACCUAGUAUGAUGACACCGCCCGCCAUACAUGACGGUCACGUGGAUGUAGACGCUCGUGGUCCCCUCGGUAUGACGCCACUAAUGGUAGCAGCGGUGCGUGGUGGUGGACUCGAUACUGGUUCGGAUGCUGAAGAUGAGCAGACGGCGCACAUUAUAUCAGAGCUGGUAGCUCAAGGUGCACAGCUGAAUGCCGCUAUGGAUAAGACUGGAGAGACUAGUCUGCAUCUCGCUGCGAGAUACGCCCGCGCAGACGCAGCGAAACGUUUAUUAGACGCCGGAGCUGAUGCAAAUUCCCAAGACAACACUGGGCGGACGCCGUUGCACGCGGCAGUCGCCGCUGAUGCUAUGGGCGUCUUCCAAAUACUACUCAGGAACAGAGCCACCAAUUUGAACGCCAGAAUGCACGAUGGGACCACACCUCUCAUACUGGCAGCUAGGUUAGCGAUAGAAGGAAUGGUGGAAGAUUUAAUCAACGCUGAUGCUGACAUUAACGCAGCAGACAACAGUGGCAAGACAGCGCUGCAUUGGGCCGCUGCUGUCAAUAAUGUGGACGCUGUCAACGUGCUGUUGAUGCACGGCGCGAACAGAGACGCGCAGGAUGAUAAGGAUGAGACACCUCUCUUCCUUGGAGCAAGGGAAGGCUCAUACGGUGCGUGUCGAGCAUUACUCGACGCGAUGGCGAACAGAGAGAUAACAGACCAUAUGGACCGGCUGCCGAGGGACGUGGCGCAGGAGAGGAUGCACGACGACAUUAUGAGGCUGCUGGAUGAGCAUUGUCCACGGCCACCACCACAGCAUCAUCAUCUCAUGCCGUCCCCAAACCCUCACCCUCAGCUGCUAAGUCAGCCGACGGUGAUCAGCGCCACAGCCGCAAAAGGAAAGCCCAAAAAGCCGCGGGCGAAGGCUGGCCCCGACAGCCCGCAAGACCAGCUUUAUGACAACAACAAUAUGCAGCACACGCAAAUUAGACGGAAGCCGAGCGUAAAAAAGAACAACAAGAAAGUGGCACAAGAGGUGCCACAGAGCGUCGAAAGCUUAGGCUCCAGUCUGAGCCCCGUUGAAUCGCCGCUCCCAAAUUUACAGGACAUGCCGUCGCCGUACGACGCGACGUCGCUGUACUCGAAUGCGAUGGCGCAGUUCGCCGGCAUUGAGCAGCUCAUGCAGCACAAACAGCCGCCAAGUUACGAGGACUGCGUCAAGACGGGUCAGUCGAUGCAGCAGGCGUAUGGCGGCGGCGCGCUGGGCGCCUCCCUGUCGCCGCCCUACUCCAACCACUCGCCCACGCACAGCAACCACACCACCUCGCCGCACGCAUACAUAGGAUCUCCAUCACCAGGGAAGUCAAGACCGUCACUGCCGACGUCGCCGGCGCACAUGGCGGCCUUACGCCACUCGCAUCAGACACAUCAGCACCAGCUCGAUGUAGCAGCCUACUCUGCGCUUGCGCAUCUCAGCGCUGCAAAUGGUCAACAAAACGCUCAGCUGCAAGCUAUGAUGACGCAUCCGGCUGUGCUUGGACAAGUACAAGGUGGACAGCAUCCUGCGCUCAAUAGCAUAAGUCUGUACGGGUGGCACAUCGCGGAGUCGUUCCCCACGCCGUCGCCGGAGUCCCCGGAGCACUGGUCGAGCCCGUCCCCGCAGACGCCGCUCACGCAGUCCCCACACUCCGACUGGUCGGACCGCGCCGCGCUCUCCCCCAACGACAUCCAGCAGACCAACAAGGGGGGCACGGAAGCCAUCUAUAUAUAAAAUAGUUUGUUAUGUUGUAUGUACGUUUUGAUUGUUAUCCAAUUUGAGUGUACACCGUGCCGGCUUCGCGCCAAUCGAAUUGUACAGACUUGUAAAUUUUGGCGGUAAACACGUGUUUUGUGAUUAGGAGCAUCAGGUACAGUAAUUGCUAACGAUCAGCAAUCAUUUGUUUCGAUUUGAGAUAGAAACAAAUGAAGAUCAACCAUUUUGCAAUUAUGAACAGAUCGUGUAACAGCUACGAAUAUUAUAACUUAGAAUAUAAACAGAAAUUCAGACUAUUUUAUACAAAAUCAUGCGAUUAUUAUAACUUAGAUGAAAUGAAACUGAAGUAAUUGAUACUCAGAAUAUUUCAUACAAAAUCGUAAAACUGCAAAUGUGUUACAAUUGAGGAUUAUUAGCAGUAACUGUAUAUAAUUACGCUCCAGACAAGGUCAGUGAGGUAGAUACGGGGAGAAUAGAUUUAUUAAGGAAAUUAGAAGAGUGACAAGAAGAGUUUUGAAGAGAAGAACUAAUGCAGCCAGCGUCAAUAAAAUAUUGGACGAACAAAAUUAAAUAAAGAUAUACGUAAUUAUGUACAAGUGUAUGAGAAUUGAAAAGUAGUACCGAAUUUUAAUAUAUUUUGUAUUUGUUUCAAUAUUCUAUUGAUAUUCAAUAAAAACAAUAUCGAAAUUUCUAUUAAAUAUAAUGCAGACAGUAUAAGACGUAAUUGGUACUGAAUUUCAAAAUAUUCUAGUUGAACUAGCAUUUUUAUUACUCAAUACAAAUUAACUGAAAAUUAAAGUCCCAUUUUAUAGGAGCAAGAAGGUUUUAUUAGACUGUAAAAAAAUGUUGAAUUGUAAUUAAUAAACUAUUCCUUUCACGUUAAUGAAAUUUAAAAAAAAAUGCGCAGUGACGACCCCAAAUGCGUAGAAAUCUCAAGGUGCUAGAGUGCCGUAGAAUAGACUGAUUUGUACAGCAAUGACACUAGAUUAACGUAGUUUAGCGCACUAACAAUGCACUAACUCAUAAUCUUCGCCACAUUAUAAGACUUUUCGGUGUAUUUUUACUUUCUUUUUAUCAUAACAAAGCAGUU